AUGGCCACUAAACCCGCCUCGAAAUGGGCCACCGAUGAUGACGAGGAAACUGCCGCAGCUCUCGCGUUACGAAAGAAAGAGAAAGAGGAAAAGAAAAAACUCAAGGAAGAAAGGGCUCGCAAAUCCGCAGCUGCCGCCACCGCCGCCACCGCAACCUUCGCAUCGACGACCUCCCAAACUGCCGCUGAAGACCGUGAACCUCCAGCUAAGCGGCAGAGAAUAUCUCCGGUGCCAGAGAAUGGAAUGACUGUAGAAGAAGGCCUCAACUUGCUACAAUUCCCCAGCCGGCAAUUCGGUCCUUCUGGCCAUGUCGACCAAUACGAACUUCUCAACGACAUAGAAGAAGGCUCUUAUGGGUUCGUUUCACGAGCGAAAGCGAAGUCCUCCGGCGAAAUCGUGGCACUGAAACGAUUGAAGAUGGAUUACGCAAAUGAUGGAUUUCCCGUCACGGGACUUCGAGAAAUCCAAACCCUCAUGGCUUGUCGUCACACCAAUGUGGUUAAACUGCUGGAGGUCGUAAUGGGAGAUAGCUUGAGAGAUGUCUAUCUCGUUAUGGAGUUCCUCGAGCACGAUCUCAAGACGCUUCUCGAAGACAUGGCGGAGCCGUUUCUACCCUCAGAGAUCAAAUCGCUCAUGCUGCAGAUCGUGUCCGGGACGCAAUAUCUUCACUCCAAUUGGAUUAUGCAUCGGGAUCUGAAAACAUCCAAUCUCCUUCUCAACAACCGGGGAGAGAUCAAAUUAGCGGAUUUCGGCAUGGCAAGAUACACGGGGAACCCUCCGCCCAAGCUCACCCAACUCGUGGUGACACUGUGGUACCGAGCCCCGGAACUUCUUCUCGGCGCUGAAGAGUACGGUUUCGAGAUUGACGUUUGGAGCCUGGGCUGUAUAUUCGCGGAACUCCUUAUCAAAGAACCCAUUUUCCAGGGAAAGAAUGAAGUCGAUCAACUAUCCAAGAUCUUUGCAGCACUGGGAACCCCAACGCAAGAGACAUGGCCGGGCAUCAGAUCUCUCCCGAAUGCAAAAGCCGUCUAUCCAGUUCUAUCGAAAGUUCCGGCUCAGCCGUCCCUCACGACCUCCAAAUUUCCCUACCUCACCAACUCGGGUCUCCGUCUGCUCUCCUCCCUGCUCUCUAUGUAUCCCGCCGACCGACCCUCAGCGAGCGGAAUCCUUACGCACACAUACUUCAAAGAAGACCCACGACCGAAAGCCAAAGAAAUGUUCCCAACGUUCCCGAGUAAAGCGGGCCAAGAGAAGCGACGACGCAGAGCUACUCCACAAGCACCUCUACGCGGUGACGCGCCGAAACUUGACGAGCGUGAGUUCGCGGGUCUCUUCACCGGAAGAGCCGAUGAGGAACAAGGCGCCGGUUUCUCAUUAAGGCUCGGAUAA